UGGAGUGUGGUGCGGUCGAGCGCUUUUCGUGGAGCUCCAGCCUGGACGUCAGCGAGGAGCUCGGGGCUGAGCUGUGCCCGCCGGAGCAGACGGUGCUGUGCUGCCAGAACCCUGACUGCGACGGCGAGCGGAGGGCGGCCAAGGUAUGUCACCACGUCGAGUGCCAGCAGCUGAGCCGCAGUGGCCCGCUCAGCCUGUGUGAGCUCUGCGACAGCCGCCUCCAUGGCAACAUGCACUUUGAUGGCCACAUCCGCUUCGACCUGCCCCCGCCAGGCUCCAUCCUGGCCCGCAACAUGUCGACACGCUCGUGCCCGCCGCGCACCAGCCCGGCCUCCAACGUGGAUGAGGAGGAGGAGGUUCCAGCAGGGAGCAGAGGGGAGCGGCAGAGCUCGGCGCUGAAGCUGCCCAAGAAGAAGGCUCGGCGCAGGCACACGGACGACCCCAGCAAGGAGUGCUUCACCCUGAAGUUUGACCUCAGCGUCGACAUGGAGGCAGAGAUCGUGCCAGCUGUGAAGAAGAAGUCGCUGGGGGAAGUGCUGCUGCCGGUGCUGGAGAGGAGGGCGAUCGAGCCGGGCAAGGUGCACAUCUACCUGGACCAGUCGCACACACCGCUGUCGCUGCAGUUCGAGGCGUUUCGCUUCGGGGGGCACUUCCUGCGGGUGAAAGCCAGGCCCGGCGAGGAGAUGAAGGUGGAACAGGCGGUGCAGGACGCCAGGCAGCCCACCCUGCCCAUCCUGCAGCCCGGCAGCACUGCCGCACUCCUCAGGCCAGCACUGGAGCUGGUGCCAGGAUGCCGGGAGGGUGCCGACAGCCUGGCUCCGGGACGGCGGAGGAAGAACAUGACGGAGUUCCUGGGAGACAGCAGCAUCCCCAGCCCUGAGCCGGCCCCGCUCGGCAGCGGCUCCCUGCCCGCCAACGGCACCGACACCUGGAAGAACCGGGCUGCCAGUCGCUUCAGCGGCUUGUUCGGCUCCAGCACCAGCGCCGGCACCUUCGGGCGGGAGAGCGAGAGGCUGGAGCAGCUGGUGACCAGGCUGCACGUCUACGGCACCUUCGGGCUGCCCAAGAUGCCGCCUCAGCUCCGCUUUGACCGCGACUCCUGGGAGGAGGAUGGGGACGAGGCCGGGCUGGCACUGGAGGACAGCUGGCAGCAGAUCAUCCGGGGCACAGAGGACCUGUCCCGCCGGCAGUGCCACCAGCAGGAAGCCAUCUGGGAGCUGCUGCACACCGAGGCCACCUACAUCCGCAAGCUCAAAGUCAUCACUGAUCUCUUCCUGUGCUGCCUGCUGAACCUGCAGGAGUCGGGGCUGCUCUGCGAGGUGGACGCCGAGAGACUCUUCGGCAACAUCGGGGAGAUUAUCCGGCUGCACCGCGAGCUGUGGCGCAGCGUCAUGGCCCCGGUGCUGGCCAAGGCGCGCCGGACCGGGGCACUGCUCGACCCCGUGGACUUCCUUGACGGCUUCAAGAUGUUUGGGUCCCUCUUCAAGCCCUAUGUGCGGUACUGCAUGGAGGAGGAGGGCUGCAUGGAGUACAUGCGGGCGUUGCUGCGGGACAGCGAGCUCUUCCGCACCUAUGUGACGUGGGCCGAGAAGCACGAGCAGUGCAGCCGCCUGAAGCUCAGCGACAUGCUGGUGAAGCCCCACCAGCGCCUCACCAAGUACCCGCUGCUGCUCAAGUCCGUGCUGAAGAAGACAGACGACCCCCGCGCCCGCGACGCCAUCACCACCAUGGUUGGCUCUGUCGAGCGCUUCAUCAACAAUGUCAACUCGCGGAUGCGGCAGCGGCAGGAGCAGCAGCGCCUGGCCGCCAUCCUCAGACGCAUCGAUGCCUAUGAGGUGGUGGAGGGCGGCUCGGAUGAGGUAGACAAGCAGCUGCUGAAGGAGUUCCUGCGGCUGGACCUGACGGCGCCCAUCCCCGGCACCUCAGCGGAGGACACGCGGCAGCUGCUGCUCGAGGGCAGCCUGCGCAUGCGGGAAGGUAAAGACAGCAAGAUGGACGUCUACUGCUUCCUCUUCACCGACCUCUUCCUCAUUACCAAGCCCCUCAAGAAGGCUGAGCGCACCAAGGUGAUCCGGCAGCCCUUGCUGGUGGACAAGGUGGUCUGCCGGGAGCUCAGGGACCCAGGCUCCUUUGUCCUCAUCUACCUGAACGAGCUGGGGAGUGCUGUGGCCGCCUAUACGUUCCAGGCCAGCGGGCAGUCGCUGUGCCGCAGCUGGGUCGAGGCGGUGCGCAACGCCCAGAACCUGCUGCAGCGGCUGCGGCAGCACCGGCGCCUGCAGGAGGAGGAUGAGGAGGACGGUGACAGUGACGCCUCAGCUGCCAGCUCACCCACCGUCCUGCGCUGUGGCAGCGCCAGCCCAGACUCGCAGCAGUGCCCCUCGGACAGCUCCACUGAAACCCUCGCCAUGGCGGCGGUGGACGGCAGCGAUGAGCUCUCCUCUCCAGACUGGGAUGCGAGGCCCUUCAGCUCGACGUCCGACGGCUCCUCCAUCAGCACCGGCACGUCUGCCGACACCCACACCUCCACCGAGACCCCCGUGCGGGACCUGCCGGCGGGUGCCCUGCCCGUGCCCCUGCCCCACGGCGCAGCCUCCCCAGCCGGCGGCUGCCGCUCGUCCUCCAUCGACAGCGCCUACGGCACCCUCUCCCCCACCUCCCUGCGGGACUUCGGCCAGCAGCCCGAGGGGGUGGCCAAGGAGGAGCAGGAAUUCCCCUCAGCCCCUCGCCCCACCUCACCCCGCCUGCGCCGCCGGACGCCCGUGCAGCUCUUGCCCUGCCCGGACAGGGUGCUCAAGUCCAAGUCGGAGGCCUGCCUGCCCCAGCUCCUGCCCCCCGGCCCCCUGGCUCCCCUCAGCCAGAGCCACAGCCUCUCUGACCUUUGUGCAGGCCCCCCCGGGACUGGCCGGGUCGCCAGCCCCCCGCCUGCCCCCGGCAGCAGCAGCAGCUCCACCUCCGAGCUCUCGGAGCCGGAGGAGCCGGCGCAGAGUCCGGCAUCGCUCCCACGGCAGCUCAGUCGCGACCCCCCCACCCGCUGCCCGCCGGACCCUCUCAGACCCGCAGCCGGCACAACACCGCAAGCUGACGCUGGCACAGCUCCACCGCCUCCGGACCACGCUGCUGCUCAACUCCACGCUGACGGCCUCGGAGGUCUGAGAGCCGCCGGGACAGACGGAUGGACGGAUGGACGUGCGGCCCCACUGUGGAGCUGCUCCCACUUCUGACCGUAGCGUAACGCCGGGGCCGGACCAAGCGGGCGGGGGAUGCCACACGCUGGGGACACGGGUGGGGGACGCAGGACGGUCCCCCAGGCAAGGCCGUGCCCUGGGCUUGGCGGCGCGGGGCUGCUCCCCGAAGCGAGGACGGACACAGCCCGGGGCUGGAGCUGAGCCCUUGUCCAGAGAUGAGGGGUGGUAUUGGGCAGGGGGAAGCAGGGGGUUGCCGGGUCCGUGGGGCAAGGACGUUGGCGGGAGUGAGUGGGGAAGGUGCUGAGAGGGAUGUGCCUGCUGUGGGCAGCAUGGGGAGGAGGCUGGGGCUGGUGGCCAGAGCAGAUGGUGCUGGGCUGGGCCAGGGCGGGGGGUGACCCCGGGGUCUGGCCAGGGCAGGGUUUGCCCUGUGGGGUGGGACGAGCGGCAGCAGACAGUGGGGCCGGAGCGUGGGAGCCGUGGCAAAACGUGGUGGCAGCUGGAGCGCUGGCUGCCGUCCUGUGCCGGGCUGUGCUCCACGCCCCGGCACAGCAUUAAACCCACCUGAUGCAC